UGUACAGAUUGGUUGCAAGCAAGCAGAUCAUGUUCAUCUUGGGGCCCCAGACGUACAUGGCUUUUUUCAAUUAUAUCGAUUUCCAUUUAUUAUUAUUUGCGCCGCUCCGCCUUCGCCUUGUGAAGUUUCCAUCCAGUGUCGCGUAUAAGUAUUUCGCUAUCUUCAACGACCAAAGUCUGCGCAAGCUAAUUGUUCUUCUUGUUGGUGCAAUCAAUCCUUGGUUUGACUUGAGUGCCUUUGCCGGAUCUACUGUAGUUGUCACGACGUACGCACUUCUAGAAGUGAAACAAAUCUAAAACCAAACUUCGGAGCAUGCAAGCCUGCUCUUCCAUCAUCCCAACCCGCCCCCGCACUCUCGUCCUCCUCUGCAACCCCCGGUUUCCGAGCAACAUCGGUGGUGUCAUGCGCUCCUGCGCUCUCCUCGGCGCGGACGGGUUGAUUAUCGCAUCGGAAGAGGAGUCCAAACUGAGACCACAGGCAGAGCGGGUUGGAAUGGUCAAGCGAUGUGAGUAUGCGUUGAAGAUGAAGUGGAUAUCGCCUAAUGGUGUUACGACAACUGCUUUUGGCGAGUACGGUGGAAUCACGACAUUGCUGAGUCGCUUGAAGCGACGUAUGGAUGUAAGGGAAAAUAAAAAUGGAUCCUCAUUCUUGGUGGACGAGGCGCACCUCUCACAAAUGGAAGUAGGCCCAGACAGUGGAAAAGGAAACUCAAACUCGUAUCACAUCACCGCGAUCGAGAAGGAAAUUCCAGGAUUCGUCCAGGAAACCCGCCAGUCACAGAAAAACAUGCAGGAAACCAGGCUUCCUGAAACACAAACGGAAGCGCAAACACCAAGACCUUUCGAUGACAGUUGCGUGACAAUAACUGCGCCAAGACCGUGGUGCGACAAAAACCUGCCGCCGCUGCAAGCCCGCGCCUUCCAGCCGAUCGACAGUUUGCAGCAACACGGGUCUCAUUGUUUUGUCUUCGGCGCCGAAGACACUGGCGUACCGGAGGAAGUGCUGGAGACAUGCGAUUCGUUCGCGCAUAUCCCGCAGGCCCGCGAACCGCACAGCAGCCUGAAUGUGGCGCACACAGUGUCGAUUUGCCUGUAUGAGAGAGCUCGGUGGCUGCGGGAUAGUAGAGCUGGCGUUUUUGGUUUACGCGAGCAAAAUGAAGAGGAAGGGUGUAUAGUAUGAGCAGCGCGCUGAAGGUGUACUUUGACCCGAAGCUUCAAUAUUAGCAACGCUCUUCACGCGGAAAAAGAUCAGGCAGCUGUGAGGACUAUUGCACCUUCCAUAGCGUCACAGGGUUUGGUUGGCCGAGUCAAGAACACCAAAGCCAAAGGAUGAAACCUAGUUAGUGCAGCGUGACAUAACUACGGCGCUACCUUGAUGGAGUGCCUAGAGCUCGACCCCCAAACCCGACCCUUUCUGUGUGAAUGUGUUCUCUCUGAACUUGAUGAAGUACAUUCGACAGAGUAAGAAAGGCAACCAGAGGCAAGAAAUGAUGUCGGUGUGCGUCACUGCAAAAAUCAAAUUAAGACUAAGACGAACACAUAGGAGUACUGGAAUUUCAUACGACAGAAAGUGUACUUUGGCAGAAAUAAUUCAUCUGACUUCGCGAUUGAUGAAACAUCACCAGGAUCCUCAUUCACUUGAUGAUUGACGUUUGUCAAUGUGUAAAAUGCUACGCUGUGCUGGCUGCCCCUAGGACAUCAGCCUCACCACAAAAUA